AUGGAAGAAGCCAAAAGCCUAAGCGUGGAGGAAGACUUUGAAGGACAGGCCACGCACACAGCUUUUGUGGAGGGGAGGCUAAUGGCCAGAGGAAUUUGGCAUUUGUUGCAGACAUAUUUAAAUAUGAGCAUUCAAGAAUAUGAACUAAUUCAUCAAGACAAAGAAGAUGAAAACUGUCUUCGUAAAUACCGCAGACAGUGCAUGCAGGAUAUGCACCAGAAGCUGAGUUUUGGGCCUAGAUAUGGGUUUGUGUAUGAGCUGGAAACUGGGGAGCAAUUCCUGGAAACAAUUGAAAAGGAACAGAAGAUCAUCACAAUUGUUGUUCACAUUUAUGAAGAUGACAUUAAGGGUUGCAAUGCUCUAAACAGUAGUUUAACAUGCCUUGCAGCAGAAUACCCUAUGGUUAAAUUUUGUAAAAUAAAAGCUUCUAAUACAGGCGCUGGGGACCGCUUUUCCUCAGAUGUACUCCCCACGUUGCUUGUCUACAAAGGUGGGGAACUCAUAAGCAAUUUUAUUAGUGUUACUGAACAGUUGGCUGAAGAAUUUUUUGCUGGGGAUGUGGAGUCUUUCCUAAAUGAAUAUGGGUUACUACCUGAAAGAGAGAUUCAUGCCACAGAGCAGACCAACAUGGAAGAAGAAGAUAUUGAAUAAAGAUUCAAUAUAUCACUAUCUCAUAUGUAUUCUUUAUGCAUUGAACAUUAAUUUUGGUAGUAUCCAUAUUUCUUUAGAGAAUACCAAGUACAGCCAUAGCUAUUCUGAUUUGAAAAAAAAGAUUGACACUAAAAUUCUGUUAUGAGCAUUUCUUAGUAUUAGUUAUUCAGAUUGAUACAAUGCUUUAAUGAAAAAAACAUUGUAGUCUUCAGCAACAUUGUUAGUAGACAAAGAGGUUGUGGAUAAUAUUGUGACAUUUUUUAAAAAAUCUCUUUCACGUUAUGCAUUUGGGUUUUUUUUACUCCUUUUUUCCUCAGCGUUAUUAUUUGGACUUUUCAAAUUAUAUUAUUAAUUAUAAUUUUGCUUGUGUAAUAGGAAUAAAAUCUAAUGAAGAAAUAAAUUUUCUGUUUGAUGUC